GCCUACUUAUAUAAGAACCACAUUCUCCUCUUCUCUCAUAAACUUAAAACUCAUUUACUUUUGCGAAGUAAAAAAGGGAAAACAAAAAAAAUGGAAGGAGGGAAGAAAAGCAUUGAGUCAGUUAGCCAUUUGAUGCAGGAUGAAGAGAAGAGAUCAAAGUUCAACAGGAUCUGCGUCUUUUGUGGGAGUAGCUCAGGGAAGAAAGCCAGUUAUCAAGAGGCUGCCAUUGAACUUGGCAAAGAACUGGUGGAGAGAAACAUUGAUUUGGUGUAUGGUGGUGGAAGUAUAGGACUAAUGGGCCUCGUCUCUCAGGCUGUUCAUGAUGGAGGCCGCCAUGUCUUGGGAGUUAUUCCAAAGUCUCUGAUGCCGAAGGAGAUUACUGGAGAGCCUGUUGGAGAAGUUAAGCCUGUUUCUGACAUGCAUGAGAGAAAAGCUGAGAUGGCUCGCCGAGCUGAUGCUUUCAUUGCUUUACCUGGCGGAUACGGGACUCUCGAAGAGCUCCUUGAGGUGAUCACUUGGGCUCAACUUGGGAUCCACAGCAAGCCGGUGGGUCUUUUGAAUGUUGAUGGCUAUUACAAUUCUCUCUUGUCCUUCAUCGAUUUGGCGGUCGAUGAAGAGUUUAUCUCCAGCAAAGCAAGGCGCAUCAUAGUUUCUGCUCCUACAGCGAAGGAACUGGUCAGAAAACUGGAGGAGUAUGUACCACAACGCGACGAGCUGGUGGCUAAACUGACUUGGGAUGUAGAGCCUGUGAAGAUUGUAGCUGAAGUUGAACCUGGCAUUGCAUCUGCGUCUUAAACUCUUAAGCAGAGCUCUGCUCCUUUUGCUGCUAACAAAAGAUAUUUACUGCUUACAAAGUAUAUAUAUGCUCUGAAGCCUAGUAGGAUAUGUGGAUGCUUUCAACAACAGUUAGGUGUAACUCUUCAUCAAUGUCAUGGAGGAGGAAACAACUUUUUGGGGUUUUGGUGUUACACAUGUUAUGUUAAUUUUUUGGACUAUGAUAUAAGAGAUGAAUAGAAGCUGGUUUAAGUUUU